UCCAACUGGAAAUUUUUUCAUCUUUUCUUUCACUUAUCUGAUUAGCGAGCUGUCAGAACUUUUCCUGAACUGCCAUAGGGCAUUACGUUAACGGCACGAUCGACUACGAACGAAACUAAAAAGUAUCAACACCAAAUUUGAACAAAGAUGCAGCCCGUUAGAGUGAUAUUUUCGAAUGUUGCACGCCGCUCCUUCUCCACGUCGCCCAAGACUCUUGCGGCGAAGCAGUUGACCGUUCGUGAGGCCUUAAAUUCUGCUCUGGAUGAAGAAAUGGCACGCGACGACCGCGUUUUUCUUAUGGGUGAAGAAGUUGCCCAAUAUGAUGGAGCCUAUAAGGUAUCCCGCGGUCUCUGGAAAAAAUAUGGCGACCAACGUGUUGUGGAUACGCCCAUUACCGAAAUGGGUUUUGCCGGUAUUGCUGUCGGUGCCGCUAUGGCUGGCCUGCGACCAGUUUGCGAGUUUAUGACUUUUAACUUCUCAAUGCAGGCCAUUGAUCAC